UAGCGGCUAGCUAAAGGUGGUGGCGGCAGCUUCUGCCUGCUGGGUGUUAAAUAUUAAUCUAAUAACAAGUUUUACUGCAGCACUCUGGAGGACAAAGUUCAGUGUUUCUGCAGUUGGAGACAUCAGUCUACUUUAUGACAUCACAGCUCAGAUUACAGGCUAACUCUCAUCCAGAAACAUUACAUUUAUUUAACAUAAAAUAAACCAUCUGUACUUUAAUACAACUCAGAAUGGAACGAGGACUCAUCUGGAUGAAAUGUUUCUGACUGUAUGGAGGUAGAAGUGUGUGUGAGCUGAUGUGAAUCCAGCAGCAUGGAUCAGUGUGAGGACAGAGAGGAGGGAGUCCUUCCCUCCAAAACCUCCCCCAGGGGAAAACCUGGGAGAGAAGAAGAGAGGAGACCUGGACCUGGACCUGGACCUGGACCUGGACCUGGACCUGAACCUGAACCUGGACCUGAACCUGGACCUGGACCUGGACCUGGACCUGGACCUGGACCUGGACCUGGACCUGGACCUGGACCUGGACCUGGACCUGGACCUGAACCUGAACCUGAGCCCAGCUGUGUGUCCUUGAAGAGUGACAGAUCAAAGGAUUUCAAUAUCGGUUUUAAAGAUGCUCCUGGUUUUCCUUCAGAGGGAGUGGACCAGCAGAUCUCAGAGUCCCCCAGUGGUCCGUCUGUCCAGCAGCAUCAGACCCAGCUGGACUCCGUCUUUCAGCUGCUGGAGGACGACAUCGUCAUGUUUGUGAAGGACGAGCUGAAGAAGAUCCAGAAGGUUCUGAGUCCAGAUUACCCAGAAUCCUCCGAGAGUCUGGAGGAGGAUGAAGAUGAAGAGCAUAAGAGCAUCAGAGAGACACUCGUGAAGAUCACAGUGAAGUUCUUGAGGAGGAGGAAGCAGGAGAAGCUGGCUGACCUCCUGCAGAGCAAGACCUUCGCUGCCGUUUGUCAAUCCAAACUCAAAGGUCAGCUGCAGAAGAAGCACCAGCAUGUGCUUGAGGGGAUCACUAAAGCAGGAAAGAAAACUCUUCUGGAGCAGAUCUACACGGAGCUCUACAUCACAGAGGGAGGGACCGGAGAGAUCAACGAAGAACAUGAAGUCAGACAGAUUGAAGCAGCUUCCAGGAAACCAGAAAGAGCAGAAAUGGCCGUCAGACAGAAAGACAUCUUUAAACCCCCACCUGGAAGAGGAGGACCAAUCAGAACGGUGAUGACGAAGGGAGUGGCCGGCAUCGGGAAAACAGUCCUAACACAGAAGUUCAGUCUGGACUGGGCUGAAGGCAGAACCAACCAGGACAUCCAGUUCCUGCUUCCAUUCACCUUCAGAGAGCUGAAUGUGCUGAGAGAGGAGAAGUUCAGCUUGGUGGAACUUGUUCAUCGCUUCUUCACUGAAACCAAAGAAAUCUGCAGCUUUGAGGAGUUCCAGGUCGUGUUCAUCUUUGACGGUCUGGAUGAGAGUCGACUUCCUCUGGACUUCCACAAAUCUACAUUCCUCAGUGACCCCAGAAUGUCCACCUCAGUGGAUGUGCUGCUGACAAACCUCAUCAGGGGGAACCUGCUUCCUUCUGCUCGUCUCUGGAUCACCACACGACCCGCAGCAGCCAAUCAGAUCCCUCCUUACUGUGUUGACAUGGUGACAGAAGUCAGAGGGUUCACUGACCCACAGAAGGAGGAAUACUUCAGGAAGAGGUUCAGAGAAGAGGAGCAAACCAGCAGGAUCAUCUCCCACAUCAAGACAUCACGGAGCCUCCACAUCAUGUGCCACAUCCCAGUGUUCUGCUGGAUCACUGCUACGGUCCUGGAGAACGUCCUGGAGAACGUCCUUGAAACCAGAGAGGGAGGGGAGCUGCCCAAGACCCUGACUGAGAUGUACAUCCACUUCCUGGUGGUCCAGGCCAAACUGAAGAAGGUCAAGUAUGACGGAGGAGCUGCGACUGAUGAUCACUGGAGUCCAGAGAGCAGGGAGAUGGUGGAGUCUCUGGGAAAACUGGCUUUUGAGCAGCUGCAGAAAGGAAACCUGAUCUUCUAUGAAUCAGACCUGAGAGAGUGUGGCUUCGAUGACAGACAGGCUUCAGUGUACUCAGGAGUGUUCACCCAGAUAUUUAGAGAGGAGAGACGCCUGUACCAGGACCAGGUCUUCUGCUUCAUCCAUCUGAGUGUUCAGGAGUUUCUGGCUGCUCUUCAUGUUCAUCUGACCUUCAUCAACUCUGGAGUCAACCUGCUGGGAGAUCAACCAACAACUCACCCUUCUUCAAUCGGUUUCUAUCAGACAGCUGUGGACAAGGCCUUACAGAGUCCCAACGGACAUCUGGACUUGUUCCUGCGCUUCCUCCUGGGUCUUUCACUGGAGACCAAUCAGAACCUCCUACGAGGUCUGAUGACAUCAAACCAAGGAAGUUCACAGAACAAUCAGGAAACCAUUGAAUGCAUCAAGAAGAAGAUCAGUGAGGAUCUGUCUGCAGAGAGAAGCAUCAACCUGUUCCACUGUCUGAAUGAACUGAACGAUCAGUCUCUGGUGAAGGAGGUCCAAGAGUCCCUGAGGUCUGGACGUCUCUCCAGAGGUAAACUGUCUCCUGCUCAGUGGUCGGCUCUGGUCUUCAUCUUACUGUCAUCAGGAGAAGAUCUGGAGGUGUUUGACCUGAAGAAGUUCUCAGCUUCAGAGGAGGCUCUACGGAGGCUGCUGCCGGUGGUCAAAGCCUCCAAGAAAGUUAUACUGAGUGGCUGUCACCUCUCAGGGAACAUCUGUCCACUUCUGUCCUCAGUUCUCAGCUCUCAGUCCUCCAGUCUGAUAGAACUGGACCUGAGCAACAACGACCUGCAGGAUUCUGGACUGGAGCAGCUGUGUCCUGGACUGGAGAGUCCACACUGCAAACUGGAGUCUCUCAGGCUGUCAGGCUGUCUGAUCUCAGAGGAAGGAAGUUCUUCUCUGGUCUCAGCUCUGACCUCCAACCCAUCCCACCUGAGAGAGCUGGACCUGAGCUACAACCACCCAGGGGAGUCAGCAGGGAAGCUUCUGUGUAGACUGGAGGAUCCCCGCUGGAGACUGGCCACUCUCAGGGUGGAGCCUGCUGGACAACGGUUUCUGACACCAGGUCCAUGGAGGUCCGCUUGUUUGUUCUCUCCAUCAGAUUCCUGUCAACUCACCGUCGACACAAACACAGUAAACAACUACAUCAAACUGUCUGAUGACAACAGGAAGAUGACGUAUGGGGGGUAUCAGUCGUAUCCUGAUCAUCCCGACAGGUUUGAUGAUCAUCCUCAGCUUCUGUGUAGAGAAGUUCUGACGGGUCGCUGUUACUGGGAGGUCCAGUGGAGCGGACGUGUUUCUGUAUCAGUGAGUUACAGAAGAAUCAGCAGGAAAGGAUGGUCUGAUGAAUGUAGGUUUGGAGUAAACGAUCAUUCCUGGAGUCUGGAGUGUUAUCCAGGUGGUCGUUACAGUGUCCGUCACAAUAACAGAGAAACAUCCAUCACCUCCUCAUCUUCAUCUUCAGACUCUGACAGAGCAGCAGUUUACGUGGACGUUCCUGCUGGAACUCUGUCCUUCUAUGAAGUCUCUGACAGACUGAUCCUCCUCCACACCUUCAACACCAGCUUCUCUGAACCUCUCUGUGCUGGAUUUAGACUCUGGACCACGACCACGAUGAUGUCCAGGUUAAUGUCUGCGUUCAUGUCCAGUCCUGGUUCCUCAGUGUCUCUGUGUCCAGUUUAGUCUCCAGAGUCUCCGCUCAGAGAAACUGUUUGAUCAUAAAAUAGAUUUCUAUCUCAUUAUCCUUGUUUUAUUCUUGAUUCUGUCUCUAAAUGUUUUCAUGUUUUACUUCACGUUUAGAUUCUUAGAAUCUUGUUUCUUCCCUGAAAGAAAGUUUGAGCUUCAAAUCUAAACAUUUCCAUUUUACAUUCAACUUUUCCAGUUUGUACAAUAUUUGAUUGAUUUAUCUGAUUGUUUUAAUUUGAUUCCUUCAGUUUUCAAAGUUGUUGAUGUAAAAAUGAAGUGAGAAGAUGGAAAUAUUCAUGUAACAUCCAACAUGUAAAAACAUCAGCAGCAUGUGUAAAAGUAUUCAAGUACUCUUGAAAUAAAAAACACCAGCGUUAGAAA